AUGUAAGUCAACAACAUCCUGGGAUUGGGACACACUUUCUGGGCACUGCUGGCCAGUCCCAGAAUGGAACAUAAGGAAGUGGUUCUUCUACUUCUGUUAUUUCUGAAAUCAGCACCGACUGAGACAGGGCCUUCUGUGCAGGAGUGCUACCACGGUAAUGGACAGAGUUAUCGAGGCACAUACUUCACCACUGUCACAGGAAGAACCUGCCAAGCUUGGUCGUCUAUGACACCACACCAGCACAGUAGAACCCCAGAAAAGUACCCAAAUGAUGGCUUGAUCUCAAACUACUGCAGGAAUCCGGAUUGUUCAGCAGGCCCUUGGUGUUAUACGACGGAUCCCAAAGUCAGGUGGGAGUACUGCAACCUGACACGGUGCUCAGACGACGAAGGGACUGUGUUCAUGCCUCUGACUGUUAUCCCAGUUCCAAGCCUAGAGGAUUCAUUCAUACAAGCACCGACUGAGCCAAGGCCUUCUGUGCAGGAGGGCUACCAUGGAAAUGGACAGAGUUAUCGAGGCACAUACUUCACCACUGUCACAGGAAGAACCUGCCAAGCUUGGUCAUCUAUGACACCACACAAGCAUAGUAGGACCCAAGAAAAGUACCCAAAUGCUGGCUUGAUCUCAAACUACUGCAGGAAUCCGGAUUGUUCGGCAGGCCCUUGGUGUUACACGACGGAUCCCAAAGUCAGGUGGGAGUACUGCAACCUGACACGGUGCUCAGACGAUGAAGGGACUGUGUUCAUGCCUCUGACUGUUAUCCCAGUUCCAAGCCUAGAGGAUUCAUUCAUACAAGCACCGACUGAGCCAAGGCCUUCUGUUCAGGAGGGCUACCAUGGACAUGGACAGAGUUAUCGAGGCACAUACUUCACCACUGUCACAGGAAGAACCUGCCAAGCUUGGUCAUCUAUGACACCACACAAGCAUAGUAGGACCCCGGAACAGUACCCAAAUGCUGGCUUGAUCUCCAACUACUGCAGGAAUCCAGAUUGUUCGGCAGGCCCUUGGUGUUAUACAACGGAUCCCAAAGUCAGGUGGGAGUACUGCAACCUGACAGGAUGCUCAGACCAGAAUAGGGCUGUGGCUGCACCUCUGACUGUUAUCCCGGUUCCAAGACGAGAGGAUACUUCCAAACAAGCACUGAUUGAUCCAAGGCCUUCAAUGCAGGAGUGCUACCAUGGAAAUGGACAGAGUUAUCGAGGCACAUACUUCACCACCGUCACAGGAAGAACUUGCCAAGCUUGGUCAUCUAUGACACCACACCAGCACAGUAGGACCUCAGAAAAGUACCCAAAUGCUGACUUGAUCAUGAACUACUGCAGGAAUCCAGAUCCUGUGGAAGGCCCUUGGUGUUACACGAUGGAUCCCAAAGUCAGAUGGGAGUACUGCAACCUGACACGAUGCUCAGACACAGAAGGGACUGCAGUCGUGCCUCUGACUGUUAUCCCGGUUCCAAGCCUAGAGGAUCCUUCCAAACCAGCACCAACAGAGCCAAGGCCUUGGGAGCAGCAGUGCUACCACGGUAAUGGACAGAGUUAUCGAGGCACAUACUUCACCACUGUCACAGGAAGAACCUGCCAAGCUUGGUCAUCUAUGACACCACACCAGCACAGUAGGACCCCAGAAAAGUACCCAAAUGCUGGCCUGACCAGGAACUACUGCAGGAAUCCAGAUUCUGGGAAACAACCCUGGUGUUACACAACUGAUCCAUGUGUGAGGUGGGAGUACUGCAACCUGACACAAUGCUCAGAAACAGAAUCAGGUGUCCUAGAGACUCCCACUGUUGUUCCAGUUCCAAGCAUGGAGGCUCAUUCUGAAGCAGCACCAACUGAGCACCCUGUGGUCCAGCAGUGCUACCAUGGUAAUGGACAGAGUUAUCGAGGCACAUUCUCCACCACUGUCACAGGAAGGACAUGUCAAUCUUGGUCAUCCAUGACACCACACCAGCAUCAGAGGACCCCAGAAAACUACCCAAACGAUGGCCUGACAAUGAACUACUGCAGGAAUCCAGAUGCAGAUACAGGCCCUUGGUGUUUUACCACGGACCCCAGCGUCAGGUGGGAGUACUGCAACCUGACGCGAUGCUCAGACACAGAAGGGACUGUGGUUGCUCCUCCGACUGUUAUCCAGGUUCCAAGCCUAGAGGCUCCUUCCGAACAAGCAUCCUCUUCAUUUGAUUGUGGGAAGCCUCAAGUGGAGCCAAAGAAAUGUCCCAGAAGCAUUGUAGGGGGUUGUGUGGCCCACCCACAUUCCUGGCCCUGGCAAGUCAGUCUUACAACAAGGCCUGCCAUCAUCACUGACAGAGUAAUCCCAGCCUGUCUGCCAUCCCCAAAUUACGUGGUCACUGCCUGGAUUGAAUGUUAUGUCACUGGCUGGGGAGAAACCCAAGGUAACUUUGGGGCUGGCCUUCUCAAGGAAGCCCAGCUUCUUGUGAUUGAGAAUGAAGUGUGCAAUCUCUAUGAGUAUCUGAAUGGAAGAGUCAAAUCCACCGAGCUUUGUGCUGGGCAUUUGGCUGGAGGCACUGACAGUUGCAAGGGUGACAGUGGAGGGCCUCUGGUUUGCUUUGAGAAGGACAAAUACAUUUUACAAGGAGUCACUUCUUGGGGUCUUGGCUGUGCAUGCCCCAGUAAGGCUGGUGUCUAUGCUCAUGUUUCAAGGUCUGUUACUUGGAUUGAGGGAGUGAUGAGAAAUAAUUAAUUGGACGGGAGACAGAGUGACGCACUGACUCACCUAGAGGCUGGAACGUGGGUAGGGAUUUAGCAUGCUGGAAAUAACUGACAGUAAUCAA